CUUGAAUUGCAUUCUAUUCCUAACAUAGAAGAGUUAUUACAUGAUUUCAUUCAAGAGCAAACAUAUGCAGGUGCUUUCACAGAGGCUUCCAGCCUGAACUGGGCUCCAAGUCAAACAAUAUCAUCAUCCAAGAAGGUAAAGAUAGACAUGCACCAACAUAUGACUGACCAUAUGAGGGCAAAGUGCACUCCUAGGGAUACAAUAGCAACACCCCAUUACCUUCUCCCUAGUCAUCAGCAUCCAAGUGAUGUCAUGCUCUUCCAAAUGAAGGAAAAGGUUACAGAAAAGCUUCAUCAAAGUCUUGCAAAGGAAAAUCAUUUUAGUUUCACCAUGGACAUCUGGAGUGGUGUUGAAUCAUUCCUUUCUCUCACAGUUCAUUUUGUGGAUUUAAGCUUUUCCUUACAGUCAAGACUUCUUCACAUUUCAAGCAUCCCAAUUCUUCACACUGGAGAAAACAUCAGGGAUGAGGUUAAUGCUAUGCUCAAAGAAUGGAAAAUCAGCAGAGACAAAGUGCAUUGCAUUCCCAUUGAAGAAUUCACCAAGAAGGUGAGACAAGAUAACGUCUCUGUGUCAGUUGUCAUCCCACUUCUCCAAGGAGUACUAUGUUUCCUUAAGAGAAUUCCAGCAACUGAAGCUGGCAUUAUGAGGGAUGAGGUUGUGAAACAACUGGAGAAGAGAUUCAAGGCCAUAGUAGAAAACAAGAAUGUCAUAUUGGCAACUAUACUUGAUCCUCGCUUCAAAGCUGACUUUUUGAAGGCUGAAACUAUACAGGAUGUGCAAAGCAUAUUGUUAGAUGAACUACAGAUGGUAUACAAAAGUAUACCUUCUGCUGAGGCAGAAGAAUCAACCACCCCAAUGGAAGGACAGCCAGAAGGUCAGACUUUUUGGGAAGCAAUCCAAGAGAUUAUGCAAGAAGUACCUCAGGUUCCAAGGACCUCUUCAGAGCUUGCAGAACUUCAACAUUACUUCAACUCUCCUGCUCUUUUGGAGAAUAUUGAUCCACUGCAUUAUUGGAAGAAUCACCAGAUGCAGUUUCCUGGACUCUCCAAGCUAGCUAGGAAAUACCUGUCUUCCCCUGCCACUUCUGCUGCUAGUCAGCAAGCAUUCAGCAAUGCUGGUUCAGUCUACUGUGAUCAAUGGAAAUGGCUUCAGGGAAAGAAAGCAGAGAUGGUUCAUUUUCUGAAUGCAAACUUGAAGUUCUUGGAUUCUGACUUCAGGAAUGGUAUCCCUAGUAACUAG